CAAACACCAUUAUCUUCAAAUUCUGUCUGAAGCAAUGGAGAAAAUAUCAAUCAAGUGUGAUUUCCUUAUCUUUUUAGCUGUUAUAUCUGUGAUGAUGAGUAGUGUAACAAUUCAAAACGUUGAGGCAAAACGUUUAUUACAUGAAGCAAUUCCUGAAACAAAGUUGCAUCAUGAUGAAGUUUCAACUCAAGUUAUUACACCACAAAUUUUUCAAUGCAGAGAGGGUUGUACCCUGAAAUGUGUUCCCAAUAUAUUUAUUGUUGAAUGCUUUUGUUUAUGCUAA